UUUUGAGUAACAGCAUCAUCAUCAGCGUUCCGUUCCGCGUUCACGAGCGAGCGAGCGAGCGGCGUGCGCGUUCACGCGGUUGCGGGAGGGAUGUUGGUCGUGAGGAUGAGGCUGAAGCCGAGGAUGAGGACGGUGCUCCGGUGCUCCGGUGCUCGGGAUUGACAGAAUAAAGGAAAACACCGAAAACCCGAACCGCGGUGUGUGGAUACACCGAGCGUCCGCGCCACUGCGCUCCGGUCUGGACUAAUACAGGACGCGUUCGGACGCUGCGGUGGACGGGAGACGCCGCUCGGGACCCGUCCUGUGCUUUCUAAGAUGAGGUACAUGUGUCCGAGAAGAUCUCCAUGGCUCUGAGGUUCACGAAACCCAGCUCUGGUAGCCAGUCGGAGCAAAGGACAAUGGGGUCACUGGGGGUCAUGUGGGCGACGCAUCUACUCUUUCUCUUCGCCUUCUUCACGCCCGUCACGCUGGUGCUGAGUCGCGCUCCCGUGCCCAUGGCCGUGGUGCGCCGGGAACUUUCGUGUGAGGGCUACCCCAUCGAGCUGCGCUGCCCGGGCACGGACGUCAUCAUGAUCGAGAGCGCCAACUACGGGCGCACGGACGACAAGAUCUGCGACUCCGACCCGGCGCAGAUGGAGAACACGCGCUGCUACCUGCCCGACGCCUAUAAGAUCAUGGGCUUCAGGUGUAACAACCGGACCCAGUGCGCGGUCGUCGCAGGUCCCGACGUUUUCCCCGACCCCUGCCCCGGAACCUACAAGUACCUGGAGGUUCAGUACGAGUGUGUGCCCUACAAAGUGGAACAGAGAGUCUUCCUGUGCCCGGGCGUCCUGAAGGGCGUGUACCAAAGCGAGCACCUCUUCGAGUCGGACCACCAGUCGGGCUCCUGGUGCAAAGACCCGCUGCAGUCGUCCAACAAGAUCUACUACAUGCCGUGGACGCCGUACCGCACCGACACCCUGACCGAAUAUUCCUCUAAAGAGGACUUCAUCGCAGGCCGUCCCACCACCACCUACAAGCUCCCUCACCGCGUGGACGGCACCGGCUUCGUGGUGUACGACGGCGCGCUGUUCUUCAACAAGGAGCGCACCCGGAACAUCGUCAAGUUCGACCUGCGCACCCGGAUCAAGAGCGGCGAGGCUAUCAUCGCCAACGCCAACUACCACGACACGUCCCCGUACCGCUGGGGGGGCAAGUCCGACAUCGACCUGGCGGCCGACGAGAACGGCCUGUGGGUGAUCUACGCCACAGAGCAGAACAACGGGAAGGUGGUGGUGAGCCAGCUUAACCCCUACACCCUUCGCAUCGAGGGCUCCUGGGACACCACCUACGACAAGCGCUCGGCCUCCAACGCCUUCAUGAUCUGCGGCGUCCUGUACGUGGUGAAGAGCGUCUACGAGGACGACGACAACGAGGCCUCGGGGAACAAGAUCGACUACAUGUACAGCACCGAGAAGAGCCGCGGCACCGUCAUCAACAUCCCCUUCCCCAACUCCUACCAGUACAUCGCCGCCGUCGACUACAACCCCAGGGACAACCUCCUGUACGUCUGGAACAACUACCACGUGGUCCGGUACUCGCUCGACUUCGGGAACAACGACAACCGCUUAAGCUACGAUCCUCCCUCAUCGGUGUUGCUCCCCGAGCAGCUUCCGCCCAUACGCCUGGCCACCUCCCGCCCCCAUCCUUACACGGGCACCCUGCGGCCACCGUUCACCACCACCACCAUGGCCCCGCCCCGUCGCCGCGACGGAGAGAACAACUUCCUCCCAGACGCUUACACCGCUCCCCCUGCCUCGGUCCGGACGCCGCCCGUCGUCGAUUACUGCCCGGCACGCCUGGCCGCUGAGAUCUCCUGGCCGCAGACUCACCGGGGGCACGUGGCCAAACAGCCGUGCCCUCCCGGCACCAUCGGUGUGGCGACGUUCAGCUGCAUGACGGGUCACUGGGACCUGAAGGGGCCGGACAUGAGCAACUGCACCUCGCCCUGGACCAAUCACAUCACACAGAGAAUGAGGUCGGGGGAGACGGCGGCGAUCGUGGCGCGGGAGUUGGCCGAGCAGACGAAGGCGGCGCUGCGCCCCGGUGACGUUCCCUCCACGGUGAAGGCCAUGGCUCAGCUGGUGGAGCUGCUGGACGUGCAGUUACGCAACCUCACCCCCGGGGGCAAGGACACGGCGGCACGGAGCCUCAACAAGCUUCAGAAGCGAGAGCGCUCCUGCCGAUUCUUCAUCCAGGCGAUGGUGGAGACGGUGAACAACCUGCUGCAGCCCCGCUCUCAGGCCGCGUGGAGGGCGCUGUCGGUCAUCGAGCAGUUGCGCUGCGCCACCAUGCUGGUGGACACGGUGGAGAUGGCCGCCUUCAUGCUCGCCGACAACCUACUGAAGACCGACACCAUCCAGGAGAGCGCCGAGAACAUCCAGCUGGAGGUGUCGCGGCUCAGCACCGACGGGAACCUGGCAGAUCUGAUGUUUCCACAGUCGAACUCUUUGGGGAACUCCAUCCACCUCUCGGCGAACACCCUGAAACAGCAAGGACGUAACGGCGAGAUCCGGAUGGCUCUGGUCCUCUAUAAGAAUCUGGGCCAGUAUUUGUCGACGGAGAACGCCAGUGUGCGGCUGGCGAGCGAAAGCGCCUACCCCAACUACUCGAUUAUUGUCAACUCACCCGUCAUUACGGCCGCCAUUAACAAGGACAGCAACAAGAUCUACCUGUCCGAACCGGUCGUCUUCAUCAUCAAACAUCUACAGCAGUCCGAAGAAAACUUCAACCCUAACUGCUCGUUCUGGAGCUACUCCAAACGCACCAUGACCGGCUACUGGUCCACACAAGACUGCCGGCUGCUGGGCACCAACCGCACCCACACCUCCUGCUCCUGCACCCACCUCACUAACUUCGCUGUGCUAAUGGCCCACGUGGAGGUCAAGAAGGCGGAUCAGAUGCACGAGCUGCUGUUGGACAUGAUCACAUGGGUGGGGAUCCUGCUCUCGCUGGUCUGCUUGCUCAUCUGCAUCUUCACCUUCUGCUUCUUCCGCGGCCUGCAGAGCGACCGCAACACCAUCCACAAGAACCUGUGCAUCUCGCUCUUCAUCGCCGAGACGCUCUUCCUGACCGGCAUCAACCGCGCCGACCAGCCGAUCGAGUGUGCGGUGUUUGCUGCGCUCCUGCACUUCUUCUUCCUGGCCGCGUUCACCUGGAUGUUCCUGGAGGGGGUGCAGCUCUACAUCAUGCUGGUGGAGGUGUUCGAGAGCGAGUACUCGCGCACCAAGUACUUCUACCUCGCCGGCUACGGCGUGCCCGCCCUCAUCGUGGCCGUGUCGGCCGCCGUUGACUACCGGAGCUACGGCACGGACCGUGUGUGCUGGCUGCGGUUGGACACCUACUUCAUCUGGAGCUUCAUCGGCCCAGCAACUCUCAUCAUAAUGCUGAACGUGAUUUUCUUAGGCAUUGCACUUUACAAGAUGUUCCACCACACUGCUAUUCUGAAACCUGACUCCGGUUGCCUGGACAACAUCAAAUCGUGGGUGAUCGGCGACAUCGCUCUGCUCUGCCUGCUCGGCCUGACCUGGGCCUUCGGGCUCAUGUAUAUCAACGAGAACACGGUGAUCAUGGCCUACCUGUUCACCAUCUUCAACUCCCUGCAGGGGAUGUUCAUCUUCAUCUUCCACUGCAUCCUGCAGAAGAAGGUGAGGAAGGAGUACGGGAGGUGCCUCCGGACACACUGCUGCAGCGGGAAGAGCGUGGACUCCACCAUCUCCACCUCCACCAAGACCAGCACAGCCCGCACGCCUGGACGCUACUCCACCAAUUCACAGAGUCGCAUUCGAAGGAUGUGGAACGACACCGUGAGGAAGCAGUCCGAGUCCGCCUUCAUCACCGGAGACAUCAACAGCUCGGCCACCCUAAACAGAGGUACCAUGGCUAACCAUCUCAUCUCUAACGCCUUGUUGCGUCCCCACGGCACUAACCCCUAUAACACGCUGCUGGGAGAGAGCGCCGUGUACAAUAACCCCUCGGCUAACAUGUUCAACACGCAAGCCUCCUACAGGGAAUCAAAGGGCAUGCUGAACAACACGCGUGACGCCAGCGUCAUGGACACCCUCCCCUUGAACGGCAACCACGGCAACAGCUACAGCGACUACCUCACGUACGGCUCUUCGUCACCCACCACUCUGGAGAAGAAGAUCCUCAAGGAGCUCACGGCCAACUACGCCUCCACCUACCACCCCAACACCAAGCUCGCCAACCACGUGGCAAACGGAGCCGUCCCGAGCGCGGCGGGCGUGGCGGGGAUUGUACGGGAGGACGAAAACGCGGCAGCCGUCGCCCUUGGAAUGUCCAGGGACGAGGAGAACAAUGCCCGCACCGCACUGAGCUUGGAAAUCAUCAGGGAGGAGUCUCAGGCUCCUCUGCUCCCGCCCAGACCGCUGCCUCCGGACGGUCACCCUCCUCUGCACACAUUCUCCACGCAUCGGCGUCUUCCGGUGGAGAACACCGAGAGUUUCUUUCCUCUCCUGAAGAACGAGACGCACUCGUCUCACGUGCUCAGAGACUCGCUCUACACAAGCAUGCCGACGCUGAGCGACCUCCCGCACGCCGCCGGCGAUGCCAACGGGCUCCGCGACGACGAGGAAGAGGAGGACGACGAGGAGUUAGAAGAGGAGGAGGACGAGGAGGAGGAGGAGGAAGGGGAAGGCAGCGAGCUGCACCUGGCCAACGGGAAAGGGGUGACGGCGGACGGCGAAGACGUGUACUACAAGAGCAUGCCCAACCUAGGCUCGCGCAACCACAUACAGGAACUGCAGAGCUACUACCACAUGGGCCGCGGAGGGAGCGACGGGUUCAUCGCGCCGCCCGAGAAGGACGAGUCGUCGCCCGAGGAGCAGCCGCAGGACCCGUCGCAACUGGUCACGAGCUUAUAGGCUCGCGCCAUGCACAAGGCACGUGAACCACUACCUACCUACUGCACUGAUCCACCCCCAAAACCGAUACAAACUGGAACCCAUAUCAGUUAGCACCAAGGGACCGGUUUUGGUGUGUCAUUUUAUUUAGGACUAGUACCAAAUUCCAAUUCCAAGGGAGGAACCUUUGUUUUGUUGUAGUGAUGGACACGACCUUCAUCAGGAGCCACGGAUUCCAGGCGAAUGAACGGACGUUUGGUCAGCGGACUAUAAUCUAUGCCAAUUUGGACCUUGAACUUGUACUGAACCUGUAGACUCCGGGCGCACAUUCCUUCCUUCCUUCCAUCCUCUUUAACCUCGACGACCUGUCGUAUACCGAUUAUGACAUCACAACUCGCGCAUCCGUGCAUCUUAUUUCUUACGCUUUAUUUUUCGGUAAUAUCAGACACCUAAAGAAAGUGGACGGGUUUCUGUGUAAAAUGUACAGACCUCUUGCAUCCAUGUCUCACCGUUUCGACCCCCGACGCGUCCGUGUUUGUGUAGAACUAAACCAGUCUAGGAAGCGAGCUGGUCCCCUGCACUGCCCCCCCCACCCCCCCCACUAGGAGAGAGAGCAACCCGAAUUCCCUUUCGCACCGUCACUUCAUGAGUACCCUUCCUUUUGCAAUCCUAGUGAUGGUAUCGUUCAGGUAGUUCGAGGUUUCGGGUGAGGGCCGGCUUGCACAUCUACUGAGAAAAGCGACUCCCUGUUCAUCCCCCUACCCGGGUGCUCUGACAUAUCCGAACCACCGAAUCGUUAUCGAACCUGAUGGGCACUGAGACUUUUUUUUAAAAUUCUAAUUACCAUCAAUAUUGUUAAUAUUAUAUCUAUGGAAUUAUUAUUUAUUCUUUUCAUAUACAUUCGGAAUUGAAUGAGCUCAUAACUAAUAUUUGUUGUAACAGUGAAAGUUGUUUGCCAACAAAUAAAAGGAUUGAAUUGAUAUUUAGGAAA